AUGGCGUCUCAGUAUGACCGGGCAAUCACUGUCUUCUCCCCGGACGGACACCUAUUCCAAGUGGAAUAUGCCCAGGAAGCGGUACAGAAAGGAUCCACCGUGGUUGGAAUUCGAGGUACUGAUAUAGUUGUGCUUGGGGUCGAAAAAAAAUCUGUUGGCAAGCUUCAAGAUGAAAGAACUGUGAGGAAAAUUUGUGCCCUUGAUGACCAUGUCUGCAUGGCUUUUGCAGAAAAAAUGUCAUCCUUUUUUUGUAAUGUAUCGACUACUUUUAUAGGACUGACUGCUGAUGCAAGAGUAGUAAUAAGCAGAGCUCGUGUGGAGUGCCAGAGUCAUAAGCUUACAGUUGAGGACCCAGUCACUGUAGAAUAUAUAACUCGCUUCAUAGCAACCUUAAAGCAGAAAUAUACACAAAGCAAUGGACGAAGACCUUUUGGUAUUUCUGCCUUAAUUGUAGGUUUUGAUGAUGAUGGUAUCCCAAGAUUAUAUCAGACUGAUCCCUCUGGUACUUACCAUGCUUGGAAGGCAAAUGCAAUAGGUCGAAGUGCUAAAACUGUCCAAGAAUUUCUAGAAAAGAAUUACACAGAGGAUGCUAUAGCAAACGACAGUGAAGCUAUCAAAUUAGCAAUAAGAGCUUUGCUGGAAGUUGUCCAAUCUGGUGGAAAAAACAUUGAACUUGCUAUAAUAAGAAGAAACCAACCUUUGAAGAUGUUUAGUGCCAAAGAAAUUGAAUUACAAGUAAAUGAAACAGGAAAGGAAAAGGAAGAAGCAGAGAAGAAAAAAUCAAAGAAGACUGCCUAAUUCUUAGGAUAAACACUGGGAGCUUUUAAUAUGUUGUUGGGCUCCUUAGAAUUAUUUAGUGAAAUUUUAAGGAAAUAAGUUAAUUUGCAACAUUACAUUCAGUAGUUACAUGUUGUUUUGAGAAUGCCAUAUUUGUGGCUGUCUUCAGUCUAUUACAGGGACAAACAUACAUUAGUAUGAAGAUUUUCUUUGAAAAGAGAGUUCAGUAAUUGUUGAAAGCAGUCAAGAUUUUACA